CCCUAGCGCAUGAGCGCUGUCUGCUUCCGGCCUGCGAGCUCGGUGUUCCGCUUUUUGUGAGCCGGGUGGAUUUCCCACCCUGGUUUCCUCUGCCUGGUUCAUCUGUGUGCAAUGGCUCCGGACUCGGAUCCCUUCCCUGAAGGGCCGCUGUUAAAGCUGCUACCCUUAGACGCUAGAGACCGGGGCACCCAGCGCUGCCGCCUGGGCCCGGCCGCCCUCCAGGCCCUGGGCGCGCGCUUGGGCUCGGCAGUGAAGAUCUCGCUGCCCGACGGCGGCUCUUGCCUCUGCACUGCCUGGCCGCGGCGGGACGGAGCGGACGGCUUUGUGCAGCUGGACCCGCUGUGCGCGAGCCCCGGGGCGGCGGUCGGGGCGUCGAGAUCCCGGAGGAGUCUCAGCUUGAAUCGCCUCCUCCUAGUGCCCUGUCCGCCCCUGCGGCGCGUCGCCGUGUGGCCGGUGUUGCGAGAGCGGGCAGGCGCGCCCAGUGCCCGGAAUACAGCCGCGGUGCUGGAGGCGGCGCAGGAGCUGCUGAGAAACCGACCGAUCUCUCUGGGCCACGUGGUGGUCGCUCCGCCGGGCGCUCCUGGCCCAGUGGCUGCCUUGCACAUCGUCGGCGGGACGCCCAGUCCCGAUCCCGCUGGGCUGGUCACCCCUCGUACCCGCGUCAGCCUUGGCGGGGAGCCUCCGUCGGAAGCCCAGCCGCAGCCCGAGGUGCCCCUGGGAGGUCUUUCGGAGGCGGCCGACUCGCUGCGGGAGAUCCUCCGCCUCCCGCUCCGCUACCCCCGCGCCCUGGCCGCGCUGGGCUUAGCGGUGCCUCGCGGGGUGCUCCUGGCGGGGCCCCCCGGAGUGGGCAAGACCCAGCUGGUGCGGGCCGUGGCGCGCGAGGCGGGCGCGGAGCUGCUGGCAGUCAGCGCGCCCGCGCUGCAGGGUUCCCGGCCUGGGGAGACCGAGGAGAACGUGCGGCGGGUCUUCCAGCGCGCCCGGGAGCUGGCCAGCCGCGGACCCAGCCUCCUCUUCCUGGACGAGGUGGACGCCUUGUGUCCCCGGCGGGGCGGUCGAGCACCCGAGAGCCGCGUAGUGGCCCAGGUGUUGACGCUGCUGGACGGCGCCAGUGAGGACCGCGAGGUCGUGGUUGUGGGAGCCACUAACCGGCCGGACGCUCUAGACCCAGCGCUGCGUAGACCCGGGAGAUUUGACCGAGAGGUGGUCAUUGGGACUCCCACACUUAAACAAAGAAAGGAAAUUCUGCAAGUGAUUACCUCAAAGAUGCCCAUCUCCAGUCAUGUUGAUUUGGGCCUUCUUGCAGAAAUGACAGUUGGCUAUGUUGGUGCCGACCUGACAGCACUCUGUAGGGAGGCUGCCAUACAUGCCCUCCUUCAUAGCGAGAAGAACCAGGACAAUCCUGUGAUUGAUGAAACAGACUUCCUUGAAGCUUUUAAAAAUAUUCAGCCCUCAUCGUUUCGAAGCGUCAUUGGAUUGAUGGAUAUCAAGCCUGUUGACUGGGAGCAGAUUGGUGGCCUUGAAGAUGUAAAACUGAAGUUAAAACAGAGCAUUGAGUGGCCUCUGAAAUUCCCUUGGGAAUUUGUUAGAAUGGGCCUGACACAACCAAAGGGAGUUCUCCUCUAUGGGCCCCCUGGAUGUGCUAAAACCACUCUGGUGAGGGCCCUGGCCACAAGCUGUCACUGCUCUUUCGUUUCAGUGAGUGGAGCUGAUCUGUUUUCACCGUUUGUUGGAGAUUCAGAAAAAGUCUUGUCUCAGAUAUUUCGACAAGCAAGAGCAAGCACUCCAGCAAUUGUGUUUUUGGAUGAAAUUGAUUCAAUCUUGGGAGCUCGCUCAGCCAGCAAGACAGGAUGUGAUGUUCAAGAACGAGUUCUUUCUGUUCUCCUGAAUGAAUUAGAUGGUGUUGGACUUAAGACAAUAGAGAGAAGAGGAAGUAAAUCAAGUCAACAGGAGUUUCAAGAAGUUUUUAACCGAAGUGUCAUGAUUGUUGCAGCAACAAAUAGACCUGAUGUGUUAGACACUGCUUUGUUACGACCUGGAAGGUUAGAUAAGAUCAUCUAUAUCCCACCUCCAGAUCACAAGGGCAGGCUUUCUACUUUAAAAGUCUGUACAAAAACCAUGCCAAUAGGGCCUGAUGUCUCGUUAGAAAACCUAGCAGCAGAAACCUGUUUUUUUUCUGGAGCUGAUCUUAGAAACCUCUGCACAGAAGCUGCUUUGCUGGCUCUACAAGAAAAUGGACUAGACGCAACUACAGUGAAACAAGAGCACUUUCUAAAAUCACUUAAGACUGUAAAACCGUCGUUAAGUCGCAAAGACUUGGCUUUAUAUGAAAACUUAUUUAAGAAAGAAGGAUUUUCUAACUCGGAAGGUAUUUAAAAAUCACCUUAAACUCUUGUUCAGUUGUUCACAUUAAUUGAAAUGUGAACUUGCCUGUCGUUUGCAACUUCACACUUUUAGAAUUUGUAUUUAUAUUUCCUCUAAGUAAAUGAAAAAAAAAAAAAACUUGUGCCUAAUAAGCUAAGGCUCAUUUAUUUUUAAAAGGCAUAUUAAAUAAAAUACUUUAAUUUAGGAAGAAA